CUUGGUCGAACACCAUUGCACUGGGCUGCUUACAAUGGUCAUUCGGAGGUCGUCCGCUUUUUGCUCGAGAAGGGCGCGGCCAUCGACGUCAAAACCAUGGAUGGUUAUACACCAUUGAACUGGGCUGCUUCCGAAGGUCAAUUGGAGGUCGUCCGCUUUUUGCUCGAGAAGGGCGCGGCCAUCGACGUCAAAACCAUGCUUGGUCGAACACCAUUGCACUGGGCUGCUUCCGAAGGUCAUUUGGAGAUCGUCCGCUUGUUGCUGACGAAGGGCGCGGCCAUCGACGUCAAAACCAAAAAAGGCGAGACGCCACUCAUGCUCGCAGAAAAAGAUGGUCAUGGCAACAUCGCCCAGCUUUUGCGGGAAGCUCUUCGGGUGCGAGACGACCAAGCCAAGCUCUUCCACGCCCUCGACAAAAAGCGCUUUGUCGAUGCAACGAGAAUCCUCGAGCAAGAGACCAUCGACCCCAACCUCUGCGACAGCAAUGGAACGUCCUUGGUGCAGCUGGUGCUCGCGACGCAAGACCUACCGCUGGUCCACGCGCUCGUGAAAAAGCCCAACCUCAACGACAAGACGACUCGAGCCCUGGCAAAAAGCCCUGACGCGGCCAAGGCCCUCUUCCUCCACGCAGUCGCAACCAACGACGCGAGCAUGGUGCAUCAGCUGCUGUCUCUCGGUAUCAGCCCCACACUCACGAACGAGCAUGGAGAUAUUGCGCUGCACCUCGCGGCUGCCAGCGGCCACGUCGCCAUCGUCACGUCUCUGCUCAAGGUGGCAAAGGACGAGACGUAUGUCAACGCGAUCAACCACUUGGGUCACACACCCUUGCACGUUGCGGCCGCCAAGGGGCAUGCGGGCGUUGUCGAGUCUCUUUUGGAUGCCAACGCCAACGUCUUUGCGAUGACUACGUCGGGCGAGACGCCAUUGAUGCUUACGACGGACGAUCACGUCGUCGCGAUUCUGCAGCGUGCCAAAGCCAAAGCCAACAUGCAGCGUCGUCCGCAGCUUGUCGACGCUGUGUGCAAGCGAGACUACCGCCAGACAAUGGCGCUCGUGACUGACGGCGUGAGCCCCAACGCCAUGAACGAGGAAGGCGACUCGCUCCUGCAUCUCGCUGUGCAACGCAACGACCACAAGGUACUGGAUGCACUCGUGCGCGCGCCAGAUAUCAAGAUGGACGUCCAAAGUGCAGCAGGCAUGACGCCAAUGAUUCUGGCCAUUCGAUUAGGCCAUCGACGUCUGGCGACGAUGCUUCAAGCGGCUGCGCACAGUGAGGUUCCUGAAGUGUCCGAGUCGGAGAUCGAGAUGGACAUAUCUAGUCCAUUGGGCGCUGGUGGCUACGGGGCCGUGUACAAGGGCAUGUACAAUGGUCGUACGGUGGCCAUCAAGACGGCCGUCAACGCGUCUUGCAUCCAAGCACUCAUCUACGAGAUGGAGACCAUGCAGCUGUGCAACUCGCCGUACGUGCUCCAACUGCUCGCUGUCUCCCGUUCAUCGAGCCCCAAGCUCGUGCUGGAGUACAUGGACGCCGGCGAUUUGCGCAGCUACCUCGACGCCAAGCGACUCGGUCAACCCACCAAGGUUGAUGUCUCGCCACUGGACGUCGCGUGGGUGCUUGCGAAUGCCCUCGCCGAUCUGCACCACAACGGUCUUCUUCACCGGGAUCUCAAAAGCCACAACGUCCUCCUCUCUUCGACCAACUACAUCAAGCUCGCCGACCUCGGGAUUGCGCGCGAGUACGAGUCCAUCAUGACGACCGCCAAGGGCACACCGUACUGGACCGCCCCCGAGGUCUUUACGUCGGACAGUCAUUACAGCUUUGCCGCCGAUAUCUACUCGUUUGGCGUCAUUCUGACCGAGCUGGACACGCUCCAGCUGCCUUUUCACGACGUCAAGGGCCUCCGGCAAUGGGAUAUCAUGGACGGCGUGCGUCUCGGCAACCUCCGUCCGACAGUGAGCGCAAACUCUCCGCCUUGGUUGCGUCACCUUGCCGACGCCUGUCUGUCGUUUGACCCGACGCAGCGUCCGUCGGCGCAGAUGCUAGUGACUUCUCUCCAAAAGCUGCUCGGUCGCAGCAAACAAGCGUUGGCGCAGGAACCAGAGACCGAGCCCUUGGACCGCAAGACGCGCUCCACCGCGAUAUCAACACCCGAGAACCUCCACCGCUCCGACAAGCUACUCAGUCGCACGAGCUCAACAGUCAGCAGCGGCUCGGUGACGUCGUCCGUCACCUCUGGAGCAUCCACUGGCACGACGACGUACUCGUCAUGGUCCAACUCGAUGCUUGUGAGUACGCGCGUCGUGUGUCAGCUCUGCCGCGCCUCCAACUCGUUGCUUCAGACGCACUGCGAGGCCUGCGCCGGGUCGUUAGCUCCCGUGGCUUCCAAGCUCAAGGUCCUUCUCAAGCGUCUUGCGGUUGCCAAGAAGAACGGAUUUGAGAUCGACGACGGUCUCGUCUGCGUCUGCUGUGAAACACACCACAGUAUGACGGCCACGAUCUGCGACGAGUGCGACGAUGAACUUCCGGACGACCAAGAAAAGCUGCGUAUCCUUGUGCUGCGCAUCGAGCAAGCGGCCAACACGUAAGUCUCGUGAUCCAUCGAUCGAUUGAGCGACUAAAUGCAUGUUUUAAUAUUUGUAUACAGUCCAAAUGUGUUAUGUAGUACACAAACGCAGCGAGCACAAACGCAGCGAGCACAUGCUAUCUCUUUCAUCGACGAUCGCUCGAUUUUACCCUACACCUACCCUAGCCCUAGGCACAACAGCCGACCUGCAACUGGGUUUCAAAUGAUGCAGGACAAUAUACACUACUAGUACGAUCGAAGGUUGCUGUUGGAUUGCAUUGGAGAAGAGUGAUGCUGUACCAAUUUGCGUUAGUUCAUAUGAAUUCAC